AUGGACUGUUACUGGCUCGUGCAAGUGUCACAGGGAAAUCGCAUUGAAUUAAACUUUCGAGAUUUUGCGAUGGACGCCGUUCCGAUUGAAGAAGCUGGAAAUUGUCCAAAUGACUAUGUUGCGGUAAUAGAAGGUUCCUUUGGAAGCACUGACGUUAUAAGGCGCCUUUGUGGCAGCAAUCAACUGCCAUCUAAUCAGUCAACUAUUAUUUCUUCGAGUAACUCACUCCUUGUGCAUAUGCACACAGACAGCGUGAACGGGAACCGAGGGUUUGUAGCAGACCAUCAAGGUAUUUGCAAAGUGACUUUUUCGACGGUCAAUGGAACCAUUAUGUCCCCAAAUCAUCCGCAAAACUAUCCAAAUGGUGUUAAAUGCGAGUGGAUUAUAGACCUUGGUUCUGGAUAUGACAUCACGCUUACAUUUCACAAAUUUGUGUUGGAAACAAAAGAAAAUUGCGAAUAUGAUUGGGUAAAAGUGCAGGAAGGAAACACCGCAGACGCACCAGAAAAAGGCACUUUCUGUUCAAAUAAGCUGCCUCCAGAUAUAUUUACAGAAGGACCGAUGAGGAUCGUCUUUGAAACGGACGGAGACAAAGAGUAUGAAGGAUUUCAUAUGACAUGGUCAGCAGAGGACGAAAACGAAUGCCUUGACUCCGGUACCUGCCAUGCCAAUGCCACUUGUGUUAACACCCCAGGCUCCUAUCAGUGUACCUGUAUGCUUAGUUACACUGGGGACGGUAAAUCCUGUACGUGGUACAAAGAUUUUAAUGAGUGUGACUUAAACCUUGAUAACUGCCAUGAGGACGCGCUCUGUAUAAACACGCUCACCCACUUCGAGUGCAGGUGUAAACCUGGCUUUUUAGGAGAUGGCCUUCACUGCGUUGAUAUCAAUGAGUGCAAAAAUGCUGAAUUGGCCUACAAGCAUAACUGUCAUAUGAAUGCCAGCUGUACUAAUACACAUGGAUCGUUUCUUUGUACGUGCAUAUCAGUGUACACAGGAGAUGGUGUCACGUGCACAGAUAUAGACGAAUGUCGAGUGGACACUCAUAAUUGCCAUGCAGAUGGUGUGUGCAUAAAUACAGACGGCUCAUUUCGGUGUGAAUGUCAAAUGGGAUAUUCCGGCAAUGGAGUCCUUUGCUCAGACGUCGACGAAUGCACCGAAAAUACAGACAAGUGUCACAAUAAGGCCACUUGUGCCAAUACCAGAGGAUCUUAUGUCUGCACUUGUAAACAAGGAUAUAGUGGAGAUGGCGUCAACUGUGCAGACAUAGACGAAUGCUCCCUUAGUCUUCACAACUGUCAUGCAGAUGGACACUGUAACAAUACUGAGGGAUCAUACUAUUGCACUUGUGACAAUGGAUACACGGGGAACGGAGUUUCAUGUACUGAUAUGGAUGAGUGUGAAUCUGUAGGUGACGUUCCUUUUGGAAACAACUGUCAUGAUUACGCCAACUGUACCAACACUAAGGGAUCAUUUCAAUGCACGUGUCAUACGGGAUACUCUGGUGAUGGAGUUAUUUGUGUUGAUAUCAACGAGUGCGACCGACUCGGGUUGUCAACUGAACAUCAGCAACUGGGCCAUGUUUGUCAUGAUGAUGCUAACUGUUCAAACACUAAGGGAUCUUACUUUUGCACCUGUCUGGACGGAUAUUCUGGAAAUGGAUUGCACUGCGAUGAUCUCGAUGAGUGUUCAACUGAUAGACAUAACUGUCGUGUUACCGCCAACUGUACCAACACAAAAGGAUCAUUUCACUGCACGUGUCCUUCGGGAUACUCUGGUGAUGGAGUCGCAUGUGUCGACAUUAACGAGUGCAACCGACCCGGGUUGUCAGCUGAGAACCAAGACUUUGGCCACAUUUGUCACGAUGAUGCUAACUGUACAAACACUGAGGGAUCUUACCUCUGCGCAUGUCUAAACGGAUUUUCUGGAAAUGGAUUAUACUGUGAUGAUAUCAAUGAGUGCUCAAAUGGAAAACACAACUGUCAUCCUAUUGCUAACUGCACCAACACCGAAGGAUCUUUUCAUUGCACUUGUCACUCAGGAUAUUCUGGAGAUGGAGUUUCCUGUUCAGAUAUCGAUGAGUGUGUAACUGGAAGACACAACUGUCAUGCUGACGCCAACUGUACCAACACUAAAGGUUCAUACUAUUGCACCUGUCAUACGGGAUAUUCUGGUGAUGGAGUUACCUGCCAAGAUAUAAAAGAAUGUCAGUCUGAAAGUCUGGCGCCUCAUCACAGCAAUUAUCGUCAUAAUUGCCAUGAAGAUGCAAAUUGCACAAAUACCAAAGGAUCAUUUUAUUGCACGUGUCAUCGCGGCUUCUCCGGAAACGGUGUAAGUUGUGAAGAUGUGGAUGAGUGUUUUCCUAAUCUGAACUCUAGCCAGCAUGCUUAUUUGACUCAUAAUUGUCACGAUGAUGCAAACUGUACCAACACAAAAGGAUCCUUCUACUGCACGUGUCUUAAUGGUUAUUCUGGUAAUGGAGUAACUUGUGUAGAUAUAGAUGAAUGUGCUACUGAAGUAGAUAACUGCCACCUGAAUGCUAAUUGUACCAACUCGAAAGGAUCAUUCAACUGCACUUGUCAUACGGGAUACUCUGGACAUGGUGUUUCGUGUCAAGAUAUCGAUGAAUGCACGUCUGGAGCACACGAAUGUCACGCUGACGCCAAAUGCACCAACACAAAAGGAUCAUUUUACUGCGCGUGUCAUUUGGGCUACUCGGGAGAUGGAGUGAUCUGUGAAGACGUGAAUGAAUGUUUUCCUGAAAAAAUACCAGAUGAACACGACUAUCUCGAACACAACUGUCACAGUGAUGCCAACUGUACCAACACUAAAGGGUCAUUUCAUUGCACCUGUUAUACGGGGUAUUCCGGAAAUGGGGUCGUAUGCACAGAUAUAAAUGAAUGCUACCCACCAGGAUUGUCAUCUGAGCACAAAGACUUGGCUCACAUAUGUCACGAUAAUGCAAACUGUACCAACACGAAAGGAUCUUACUACUGCACGUGUCUUAAUGGUUACUCUGGAUUAGGAGACAUGUGCACAGAUAUCGAUGAAUGCGGUACUGGUACGCACAACUGUCACGCUGACGCAAACUGCACCAACACCAAAGGAUCAUUUUAUUGCACGUGUCAUACUGGAUACUCUGGAGAUGGGGCUAGUUGUGAAGAUAUUAGUGAAUGUCAGAUUCAGAGCCUCGCAUCUCAUCACAUCACUCAGUAUUCCCACACUUGCCACAAUGAUGCAAACUGCACAAACACCAAAGGAUCAUUUUAUUGUUCGUGUCACCACGGAUAUUCAGGCGAUGGUGUGAAUUGUUCAGAUAUCAACGAAUGUUUCCCUGAUCUGAUUUCUGAUGAGCAUUCUGAUAUGGCUCCCAACUGCCAUGUCGAUGCUAACUGCACCAACACAAAAGGAUCAUUUUUCUGCACGUGUCUAGAUGGUUAUUCUGGUAACGGAGUUUCAUGUGUAGAUAUUGAGGAGUGUGAAAUAAACAAAGAUAACUGUCACAUGGACGCCAACUGCUCUAAUACAAAAGGCUCAUUUUACUGCACAUGUCACACAGGAUAUUCUGGGGAUGGCGUCCUCUGCAAUGACAUCGAGGAGUGCGCCAUUGAUUCAGACAGCUGCCAUGCUGAUGCUAACUGUACCAAUACAAAAGGCUCUUUUCACUGCACCUGUCGCCAUGGUUACUCUGGAGAUGGAAUAAAGUGCAUAGAUGUGGACGAGUGUUUCCCAGAUCAGAUAUCUAAUGAUUAUCGCCAUCUUGAAAACAACUGCCAUGCUGACGCAAGCUGUUCCAACACUAAGGGUUCCUUCUUCUGCACCUGUCAUACGGGAUAUUCUGGGGAUGGAGCGGUAUGCAUAGAUAUAAACGAAUGCGACGAUUUGACAUUGUCGUCGGAGCACCAAGACAUGGCUCACAUAUGUCACGACGAUGCUAAUUGUACAAACACAAAAGGAUCUUACUACUGCACAUGUCUAAAUGGAUACUCUGGAUCAGGAGAGAAAUGCAAAGAUAUUGACGAGUGCACAUCUGGAACACACAACUGCCAUGUCGAUGCUAAUUGUACUAACACUAAGGGAUCGUUCUUUUGUAUUUGUCAUACGGGAUAUUCUGGUGAUGGAAUAACUUGUGAAGAUAUAAGUGAGUGCGAAACAGAAGGCCUGUCACAAGAGCAUAAAGGUUAUGAGCAUAACUGUCACUCCGAUGCAAACUGCACCAAUACAAAAGGAUCCUUCUUUUGUACUUGCUUAAACGGAUACUCCGGAAAUGGCGUGGAUUGUGUUGAUAUAAAUGAAUGCCACGCAAACAAUUUGGCUCAAGAACACGUGGAUGAAUAUUCUCACAACUGUCACGCUGAUGCUAACUGCACUAACACUGAGGGAUCCUUCUACUGCACGUGCCUCAAUGGGUAUUCUGGUAAUGGAGUUGCCUGUGUGGACAUAGAGGAAUGUUCCGUUCAAACUGACAAUUGCCACCUUGAUGCGAACUGCACUAACACCAGAGGAUCAUUUCAUUGUACUUGUCAUACGGGAUACUCAGGAGAUGGCAUAAUUUGUGAAGAUAUCGAGGAAUGUCAAACUGAAAUUGACAACUGCCAUGCUGAUGCCAAUUGCACCAAUACUAAAGGAUCCUUUGAUUGCAAGUGUUUUACGGGAUACUCCGGAGAUGGUGUCACGUGUGUGGACGUGGACGAGUGUUCAGUCGAACAAAUACCUGCUGAUUACAUUCAUCUUGAGAACAACUGUCACGAUGACGCCACUUGCUUCAACACCAAAGGAUCAUUCUACUGUACGUGUCAUACAGGAUACUCUGGUCAUGGUGUCACAUGCAUUGAUAUUGACGAAUGUAACCUGUCUGGUUUGUCUGAUGAAUACAAACAUCUGGCUCAUAAAUGUCACGGCGAUGCUAACUGCACCAACACCAAAGGUUCAUACAACUGUGGAUGCCAGGAAGGCUAUAGAGGAAGCGGUGAAAAGUGCGAGGAUAUCGACGAAUGCUCAACUGGAGCGCACAACUGUCACGUCGACGCCAACUGCACCAACACCAAGGGAUCUUUCUUUUGCACUUGCCAUACAGGAUAUUCUGGUGAUGGAGUCUCAUGCAUUGAUAUUUCUGAGUGCGAGGACAAAACCUUGGCGCCUCAUCACAUCAGUUAUGCCCAUAAUUGUCACGAAGACGCCAACUGCACAAACACCAAGGGAUCGUUUUAUUGCACAUGUCAUACAGGUUACUCCGGAGAUGGUGUCAUCUGCACAGAAAUCAAUGAAUGUCAUGUUAACAAUUUGGCUGAAGAACACUUACAUGAAUAUUCCCACAACUGCCAUACUGAUGCCAACUGUACGAACACAAAAGGAUCCUUCUACUGCACAUGUCUUAAUGGUUACUCUGGUAAUGGAGUAACUUGUGUAGAUAUUGAGGAGUGUGCAACAGAAAUAGAUAACUGUCACGUGGAUGCAAAUUGCACUAAUACAAAAGGAUCAUUUUAUUGUACAUGCCAUACGGGAUACGAUGGAGAUGGAGUAUUCUGUAAUGAUGUCGAGGAGUGCACCUCAAACAUUCAUAACUGUCAUGCAGAUGCCAACUGCACCAACACAAAAGGAUCAUUCUACUGCACAUGCCGUACGGGAUACUCUGGUGAAGGAGUCAGUUGCGCUGAUGUGGACGAGUGUUCUCUUGAACUUAUUUCUAAUGACUACAUCCAUCUUAAACACAACUGCCACGCCGACGCAAACUGUUCCAAUACGAAAGGAUCAUUCUUUUGCACAUGUCAGACAGGAUAUUCUGGGGAUGGAGUCGCGUGUGAAGAUAUUGACGAGUGCUACCCAUUAAGAUUGUCAUCCGAAUACCAAGACUUGGCUCACAUUUGUCACGAUGAUGCGAACUGCACAAACACAAAAGGAUCUUACUACUGCACAUGUUUAAACGGAUACUCUGGAUCAGGAGAGAACUGCACAGAUAUUGAUGAAUGCGCUUUGGAGACGCAUAACUGUCAUGCAGAUGCAAACUGCACCAAUACUAAAGGAUCAUUCUACUGCACAUGCCAUACGGGAUACUCAGGAGACGGAGUCAGCUGUUUGGAUAUUGGCGAAUGUCAGAUCGACAGGCUUGUAUCACAUCACAUCAACCAAUAUGCCCACAAUUGUCACGACGAUGCAAACUGCACAAAUACCAAAGGUUCAUUUUACUGCACCUGCCAUCACGGCUACUCAGGAGACGGUGUAAUUUGUGCAGAUAUCGACGAAUGUCAUGUGGACGGUUUGGCUUUAGAACAUGAGGAUAAAUUUUCCCACAACUGCCAUGCUGAUGCCAACUGUACCAACACGAAAGGAUCAUUCUACUGCACGUGUCUUAUUGGGUAUUCUGGAGAUGGAGUCACGUGUUUAGAUAUUGAGGAAUGUACCACUGACACGGACAACUGCCAUGAUGAUGCCAACUGCACAAAUACUAAAGGAUCCUUUUUCUGUACUUGUAACCAUGGUUACUCCGGAGAUGGAAUCACCUGCGAAGAUAUUGAAGAAUGCUCCUCGAAUAUUCAUAACUGCCAUGCUGAUGCCAACUGUACAAACACUCAGGGCUCUUUUUACUGUACUUGUCAUAUGGGAUAUUCUGGAGAGGGAGUCAGCUGUGUUGAUGUGGACGAGUGUUUCCCCGAACAGAUAUCUGAUGAUUAUCGUCACCUUGAAAACAACUGUCAUGAUGACGCCAAUUGUUCCAACACUGAGGGUUCCUUCUUUUGCACCUGUCAUUUGGGGUAUUCUGGUGAUGGAGUCACGUGUUUCGAUAUUGAUGAAUGCAAUCCAACUGCGUUGUCGUCAAAGUACCAGGACCUUGCACACAUCUGCCACACUGAUGCUAACUGUUCAAACACAAAAGGAUCGUACUACUGCACAUGUCUCACUGGAUACUCUGGAGACGGUAUCUCUUGUCAAGAUAUGGACGAGUGUUCCACUGGAACACACAACUGUCACUCUGAUGCCAACUGCACGAACACGAAAGGAUCAUUUUAUUGCAUAUGUCUAAAGGGAUACUCUGGAGAUGGAGUAUUGUGUGAAGAUAUCAAUGAAUGUCACAUGAAUAGUUUGGAUCAACAACACGUGGAGGAGUAUUCCCACAACUGCCAUGCUGAUGCUAAUUGUACCAACACUAAAGGUUCUUUCUAUUGCACUUGUCAUCAUGGAUAUUCCGGGGAUGGAGUCACAUGCCAAGAUGUCAAUGAAUGCUUUCCGAAUGAAAUAUCUGAGGAAUAUGGCCAUCUCGCCCAUAACUGCCAUGCUGAUGCCAACUGCACCAACACAAAGGGAUCCUUCUACUGCACCUGUGUCAAUGGUUAUUCUGGUAAUGGAGUAAAUUGUAUCGAUAUUGAGGAAUGUACUACAGACACGGACAACUGUCACACUGAGGCCAAUUGCACCAACACCAAAGGAUCUUUUUACUGUACCUGUCACCAUGGGUAUUCUGGAGACGGUGUCACGUGUGAUGAUGUUGAUGAGUGUUCACCCGGUCAGAUUUCUCAAGAAUAUAAACAUCUUGUGCAUAAUUGUCACGUUGAUGCAAACUGCUCCAAUACCAGAGGAUCGUUCUACUGCACAUGUCACACAGGGUAUUCUGGAGACGGAGUUACAUGCAUUGACAUACAGGAGUGUGCUAUUCAAACAGAUAACUGCCACAAUGAUGCAAAUUGCUCCAACACCAAAGGGUCAUUUCACUGCACGUGUCAUUCGGGAUAUUCCGGAGAUGGUACCACCUGUAAUGAUAUUGAUGAAUGCGACCCAUCUGGACUGUCAUCUGAUUAUCAACAUUUGGCCAACCAAUGUCAUGGUGAUGCUAACUGUACAAACACUAAGGGCUCAUACAACUGUGGCUGUCAAGAGGGUUACUAUGGAAGUGGAAAAGACUGCAAAGAUAUCGAUGAAUGCACAUCUGGAACACAUAAUUGCCAUGUGGAUGCCAACUGCACCAACACAAAAGGUUCAUUUUAUUGCACUUGUCAUGCGGGAUACUCAGGAAAUGGAGUUACUUGCGUUGAUAUCAGCGAGUGUCAGCUAGAUACCCUGUCAAGCAAUCAUGUCCAGCAGUAUUCCCACAACUGCCAUGAUGAUGCUAACUGCACUAAUACUAAGGGAUCGUUCUACUGCACCUGUCACCAUGGCUACUCUGGAGGUGGAGUCAUUUGUGUUGAUAUAGAUGAAUGUUAUCCAUUGCAACUAUCAUCUCAAUAUGAGGAUUUUGCACACAAUUGCCAUGACGACGCCAACUGCACUAAUACCAAGGGGUCCUUCUAUUGCACUUGUCAUACAGGAUAUUCAGGGAACGGUGUCUACUGUGUCGACAUCGAAGAAUGUAACAAAGAUACUGACAACUGCCACGCUGAUGCCAACUGUACGAAUACCAAAGGUUCAUUCUACUGCUCGUGCCAUGAAGGGUACUCGGGGGAUGGAGUUAUUUGCUCAGAUCUGAACGAAUGUGUCAUUGGGACCCAUAACUGUCAUGCUGAUUCCAACUGCUCGAACACAAAGGGUUCAUUCUACUGCACAUGUCUGACUGGUUACUCGGGAGAUGGGGUCGGUUGCGUUGACAUAGACGAAUGCUCUCCUGGUAGUAUUUCUGAUCAGUAUAAAGAUCUUGCCCACAACUGCCAUGUCGAUGCCAUUUGCUCCAACACAAAGGGAUCAUUCUACUGCACAUGUCAUAAGGGAUACUCUGGAGAUGGAGUUAUUUGUCAAGACGUGAACGAGUGUUCCCCUUCUAGUCUGUCAUCUGAAUAUCAACAUUUGGGAAACAUUUGUCAUGACGAUGCCAACUGUACUAAUACCAAGGGAUCAUACUACUGUACCUGUUUAGUAGGGUAUUCAGGGGAUGGAGUCACAUGCCAAGAUAUCGAUGAAUGUUAUCCAGAUAGUAUCUCUGAUAAAUAUGAACGUCUUGCUCACAAUUGUCAUCCGAAUGCAAAUUGCACCAAUACCGAGGGCUCAUUUUAUUGCACGUGCAAAACUGGUUUCUCCGGCGACGGGGUCACGUGUGAAGAUAUCAACGAAUGCCACCCAGAUGAUUUAGCACCAUCCCACAGUUACUAUGCUCACAACUGUCAUAAUGACGCCAACUGUACCAACACAAAGGGAUCCUUCUUCUGCACUUGUCAUACGGGAUACUCAGGAGAUGGAGUGAUUUGCGAAGAUGUGAACGAAUGUCACCCAAGUGAAAUCUCUGAGGAAUAUAAAAACCUUUCUCACAAUUGUCACGUAGACGCCAAUUGCACCAACACCAAGGGCUCAUUUUUCUGCACAUGCUUAAAUGGGUAUUCAGGCGAUGGGGUCAUGUGCAUUGACAUUGAAGAGUGUCUGACCGCCAGAGACAACUGCCACUCGGACGCUAACUGCAGCAACACCAAAGGAUCAUUUUAUUGUACUUGCCAUACGGGAUAUUCUGGAGAUGGAGUCGCUUGUGUGGAUAUUAACGAAUGUUCUUCGGACAUGUUGUCUGUCAACCACACACAUUAUGCUAAUGACUGCCAUGAUGACUCAAACUGCACCAACACAAAAGGAUCCUUCUACUGCACGUGUCUCAAUGGAUAUUCCGGAAAUGGGGUCUCUUGCGUCGACGUGAAUGAAUGUGAUCCUGAUGGAAUCAGUGACAUCUACAAAUAUUUGGUGCACAACUGCCACGAUGAUUCCAACUGUACCAAUGCAAAAGGCUCAUUUCAUUGUACCUGUUUAAUUGGAUAUACCGGAGAUGGCGUUCGGUGUGAAGACAUCGACGAAUGCUACGCAGAAACCGACAAUUGUCAUGCUGAUGCAAACUGUUCCAACACCAAAGGAUCAUUUUACUGUACGUGUCACACGGGAUAUUCUGGAGAUGGGGUGAUUUGCGAAGACAUCAACGAGUGUUCUCCACAUGAUCUGGCGGCCAACAACUCACAUUACGCGCAUAACUGCCAUGCUGAUGCUAACUGCUCCAACACCAAAGGAUCAUUUUACUGCACAUGUCACGUGGGAUACUCUGGAGAUGGUGUUAUGUGUUUGGAUAUCGACGAAUGUGAAACUAGCACUGAUAACUGCGACGUGAAUGCCCACUGCAACAAUACCAAAGGAUCCUUCCGGUGCACUUGCAAAGUUGGCUAUUUUGGAGAUGGCGUUGUGUGUAAAGAUAUCGACGAAUGCACUGAAGACAUACAUAACUGCCAUGAUGAUGGUAUUUGCAUCAACACAAAUGGAUCAUUUUAUUGCCUUUGCCAAGAGGGUUAUACCGGCGAUGGCGUCAAUUGCACAGACGUGGAAGAGUGCAGCCUGAGCAUCCAUACCUGUGAUGAACACGCAACGUGCACCAACACAAAAGGAUCAUUCACUUGUGCCUGCGAUCGUGGUUAUCAUGGCACAGGCUACAAGUGUGUCGAUACUGACGAGUGUAACUACGAUUUGGAUGACUGCCAUGCUGAUGCACUUUGCAUUAAUACCAAUGGAUCCUUCAACUGUACAUGUUUGAAAGGUUACUCUGGAGAUGGUGUUUUCUGCGAGGAUAUUGACGAAUGUGAAACAGCAACGCACAACUGCAGCUGGGGUGCUUCGUGCAACAAUAGGAACGGAUCUUUUUACUGCACCUGUUCCCCUGGAUUCUCUGGGGAUGGUUUCCGAUGUGCAGAUAUCAACGAAUGUGAAGUUCUAACACACAACUGCCAUACUGACGCCGAAUGUACCAACUUGAACGGUUCUUUCUACUGCACUUGUAACCGCGGAUUUCGUGGAAAUGGAACAGAUUGUGAAGAUUUGGACGAGUGUUCAGGCAAGUCACAUAACUGCAAGGGAUCGUCUAUUUGCAAUAACACGCACAGCGGCUUCAACUGCAUUUGCUUGGCAGGAUAUCGCUAUAAUGGUUCCGAUUGCUGGGACAUUGACGAAUGCAGUGAACAAACACAUAACUGUCAUGAGGUGUACGGUGUCUGCACCAAUCAGGCGCCUUUCUUCCUAUGCACUUGUGCAUUGGGUUCUAAAGGAAACGGAACUUAUUGCGUUGCUCUAGAUCUCGUUUACAAGAUUGACUUAAAGCUCCCAGCAAAUAACUGGAUUGAGGAAUAUCGAUUUUCCAAUACCACCCAAUUUCAGAAACUUUCCCAGGAAAUAGAGCAAGGGGUUGAUUACGUAUACACAAGUGAUGAAUCUUUCUUACGGAUGUAUGUUGCCGCCCUUCACAACAGCGAUGGGAUAGUACAGGCUGAGCUCUGGAUGGUGUUUACCUCAGAUGCAACACUUCCUAUCAGACCUCUUAACUUAGCAGUAAAGAGAGAAAGACUGAAACACCUUUCCAUAGAAAUGGAUGGCUAUGUUGUCACACAAGUGGUUGAAAGAGUCGACUGUCCGCUUAUAUGUUCUGAAUUUGCGUAUUGUGCAAGAAAUGGUUCUUCAUUUGAAUGUGUUUGCACUCGAGGUUACAAUGGUGACGGACAUGGGUGCAUUGACCAGGAUGAAUGUACAGUGAACAAUGGCGGCUGUCAGCAUAUGUGUAUCAACAGUCCACAUGGGAGCUAUCAGUGCUUGUGCAACCAGGGCUUCUUUCUCCAUAGUGACAGGAGACAAUGCCGAGCAUCUGAUGGUGAGUCGGCAUAUUGUGCAUCUGAAUGGAGCCAAGACGUCUUAUGGAGUCAUACAGUAGAAAGCAGCACAGACGUCAAAUCUUGUCCACAGGAUCACUUUGGUGGAGAUGCGCAGAGAAUUUGUUACAGCGGUAUCAGUAGCGGGGUGUGGGGAGUACCAGAUCUCACUCGCUGCUUGACUAAGGCAAUGUAUGAACUCCAACAAAAAUUUUCAAAACUUCUAAAGGGAGGACCCAGCUUUUCAGAUUUGCUGGGCAUUGGAUGGGAACUUCGACAUAUUCUGGACCCAAAAGUUGACAAGAUCUAUGCAGGAGAUAUAUUCGCUGCUGUGGAUAUCAUGAAUGAUUUAAACGAAAGGAUUACGUACUUAAUGAAGAACAUUACCAAAGAUGAAUUAACGAACUUUCUCGAGAUCAUGGGUGAUGUUGUGAGUAAUCUUCUUAACGUAGAAAACAGACAGGCUUGGAACGGAAUGGAUAAGAUUGCGCUUAAGGCCACAGACAUGGUGGCUGCUUUAGAGGAGAGUGUUACUGCUGUAGCUUACCAACAGGUGCAAGAUAUGUUAAACAACGCCAUUACAGAUCCAGAAAAGUUUCACAAUCUAAGCUUGAGAACCAAAUCGCCUAAUGUUGAGAUAUCCAUCGAUGUGGUUGAGAUGAUUGAGUUCCGAGGAAUUUUACAUUCACUGAUGUAUGAUCUGUCUGCGGUUGGUGGAAAUGGAUCCAUCAUUCGGAAUCAGAUUUAUUAUCCACCUUCUCUCUUUGAGAAUGCCCUAAAGGACAAAUUAGCCUCAGGCUUCUAUAGUAGUCUUGGCUGCUUUACUGAUAACGACAAAGACCGCGCAGUGCCAACUAUGGAAGGUACACAUGAGUUAUUGAAAGGAAGCUUCCUCACUCGCACGGAUGCUGUGGAGAAGUGUGCAGAGGUGACAAGGAGUCGUGGUUGGAGGGUAUUUGCUGUCCAAGAUGGCGGAUGGUGCGCAUCAAGUCCUAAUGCGCAGCGAACGUAUAACAAAUAUGGGACCGCUUUGAAUUGUGUCAAUGGCAAGGGAGGCAUGCUCGCUAACGACGUGUAUAUCAUUAAUGCUUACUACACAAGUGUGUCGUCCGUCUUUUACAAGAACUUGGAAGGUUUGCUAACAUCAGAUCCUCUCUUAGAAAUAAGAUCUUUAAAGGAGAUGGGAGCAAAGAAGCCCUACAACAGAUCGGAGCUGAACUCCAUUAUCAUAUCAGGAAGAAUUAUUUCCGAGGAUCACUUUUAUCAGUCCCUUCCAGAGCCAAUUGCAUUGGUGUUUGAGCACUUGGAUCAGAAUCACACCUCCUCAGGUCUUUGUUGUUACUUGAACAUGGAAUCGACUGGACCCGACGAUCGAUGGUUUGACGAUGGAUGUUACUUGUACCAUACUAAUGCCACUCACACAAUUUGCCAUUGUUCACAUCUGACUAAUUUCGCUCUGCUUCUGGAUUUAUAUGAUUCUCCGGAUGUCAUUGAGAAAGAUGAGGACUUGAUCUUGUCUCUAAUGUCUUAUGUGGGAUGCGUAUUGUCGUCCGCUUGCUGUUUCUUCUCAGUGUUACUCUACAGCAUCUUACACCUCAAGGGAGAUCGUAUACAUGUGCACAAGAAUCUAGCAUUUAACAUGGGAGUUGUUCAACUUCUUUUCUUUUUUGGGACCGGUCAAACUCAGAACAAGUGGUUGUGUAAGGCUGUGGGGAUCGCGCUUCAUUUUUUCCUCGCUGCCAUGUUUGCUUGGAUGCUCGUGGAAGGAUGGCAUCUCUAUUUAGCCAUCAUCAAAGUACUUUCUACUCAGAAGAAGAGUUUCCUCAAGAGAUACUAUAUAUUGGGAUAUGGUUUACCUACAGGCGUGACUGCCUUAUCCAUGGCUAUUUUCUGGGACAAUUAUGGAGUAGGGAAAAUUUGCUGGAUGACAGAAAUUGUGCUAGUCUCGCUCUUCCUUCCUCCUGUUGUGGUUGUGAUACUUACAAAUAUAGUUAUUCUUGGAAUGGUCAUUGGAGUGCUAAUAUCCCCAACAACAGAAAAGCGACAAAAGUACACCAGUGACAAGAACUUUAUUAACAAUAUAAGGGUGGCGCUGAAGGCAUCUCUGCUUCUUCUACCGUUGUUGGGAAUAACUUGGUUGCUGGGUUUCUUACAAGUAAACUCUGACACAGCAGUUAUGUCUUACGCCUUUGUUCUACUUAGCAGCUUCCAGCGCGAAUUUAUCGACAAUUAA